UAAUAAUUUAGUGACAUGCGUCAGUCGUCAAACUACUCAUCACUCGAAUUGGUCACCAAUUGGCCCUCGCGUCGGCUCGCGUAUCGCAGUGCAAAGUUAACGACAACUGACGAGCGGCAGCGGGCAGCGUGCCGAAAUCCUUACAACACCUCGCCUCUUUUGUUGUUCAUAUUAAAAAUGCCUCCUAAGAAAGAUUCAAAGGCAGGUGCAAAGCAACCUCAGAAAACUCAAAAGAAAAAAGAAGGAGGUUCAGGUGGUAAAGCAAAAAAGAAGAAGUGGUCUAAAGGAAAAGUACGUGAUAAGUUGAAUAACCAGGUGUUGUUUGACAAAAGUACAUAUGAUAAACUUCUAAAAGAAGUUCCUGCAUAUAAAUUGAUCACACCAUCUAUUGUAAGCGAACGACUAAAGGUUAGAGGAUCACUAGCAAGGAGGGCUCUAAUUGAACUACAACAAAAAGGACUAAUUAAACAGGUAGUUCAACACCAUGCACAAUUGAUAUACACAAGAACCACCAAAAGUGAUGAUCCUGUUGCAUAAAAUUAAUCAAAAAAUGUACAUUUUUUAAUAAAAAAAUUACUUGUACAGUUUAUACUUAGUAAAUGAGUUGAAUUCUCUGAAAAUUUA